AUGCAUCGCCCGCACCGGGAAAGCACACCAGGCGCUAGCCCACGACGAAAGCGUCAGAGGAUCAAUGGAGACAGGUUUAUCCCGAGCCGAUCCGGACAAGACCUGCAGGCUAGCUUCAGCCUACUUCAUGAGGAUGGCUCGCCGGCAACGCUGUCGAAGCAAAAGAAGCGCACGCCACAUGGCGAGUUACAUUUCCAGAAAACAGAGGAAGCAAAUCGUACAUUUUCAACAUUGCUGCGAGCAGAGCUGUUCGAAGGCUCAGUGCCCCAGGCAGCGCCCUCCCAUUCACCCGACAACUCGCUCCCGAACUCUUCAAGAUUGAAUGCUACUGACGGUACACGAUCCCACACGCCACCGAACAAUAAUUCCGCCAUUUCACUUCCGUCUUCGCUCACUCCAUCGACCCCACACAAAAACCUCUUCUCAUACAUGUCUCCUAGACAUCACCAUAUUGCUGGUCAUCCCACUCCCACCAAGACGCCACAGGGCCGUCAUGGUCCAAACCUAGAUACCCGUGCGGAAAUCUAUAGCUUAUCUCCAGUGCGAUUUGGAAGCCAACAAAUGCUGCUCAGUCCCAGAAGGCAGCCACGCUCAGUCAGCAAAGUCCCUUACAAGGUUCUGGAUGCGCCAGAGCUAGCUGAUGAUUUCUAUCUCAACUUGGUAGACUGGGGCAGCGCAAACGUGCUUGGCGUGGGCUUAGGAUCCAGUGUAUACAUGUGGAACGCACAAACCAGCAAGGUAAACAAGCUUUGCACGUUGGAAGAUGACACUGUCACGAGUGUAUCAUGGAUACAAAAGGGAACCCAUAUUGCGAUUGGGACGGGCAAAGGACUUGUGCAGAUUUGGGACGCCGAAAAGACGAGACGAUUAAGAACUAUGACAGGCCACACCGCUCGGGUAGGGUCUUUGGCGUGGAAUUCUCAUAUUCUUACGUCAGGCUCCCGCGAUAGGCUCAUCUAUCAUAGAGAUGUUCGGGCACCAGACCAAUGGCUUCGAAAGCUUGUUGGGCACAAACAGGAGGUUUGUGGCCUGAAGUGGAACUGUGAGGAUGGACAACUUGCUAGUGGCGGAAACGACAACAAACUCAUGGUAUGGGACAAGCUGUCAGAAACGCCGCUAUGGAAGUUUUCAGACCACACAGCUGCGGUGAAAGCAAUUGCGUGGUCACCGCACCAACGUGGGCUGCUCGCAUCUGGAGGCGGUACAGCGGACCGACGAAUCAUCUUCCACGACACAGUCAAAGGCUCUGUUAUCAACGAAAUCGACACUGGAAGCCAAGUCUGUAACCUGGCGUGGUCGAAGAACUCGAAUGAGAUAGUUUCGACGCAUGGAUACAGUCAAAACCAAAUUGUUGUCUGGAAGUACCCUUCAAUGCAGCAAGUAGCAAGUCUGACUGGCCACACCUAUCGCGUUCUCUAUCUUGCAAUGAGCCCCGAUGGGCGAGUUGUGGUAACAGGAGCCGGUGACGAGACACUCCGAUUUUGGUCUAUCUUCGGUCGAAGACCAGGCAGUAAAGAAGAUGGAGAAGCUGGCGGUGGGAGACUGGCAGACUGGGGCAUCAUUCGAUAG